GGUAAUGUGAAUCGCAUAAUGGAGUUGUCACUUAAUGGAUUCACACAAGACAAUUAGGCAGUAUUCACACAAUAUAGACAAUAUGGCUCAGCCCAAGAGGGCUAGGAUGUCCCAUGGGAAGGAUCAAGAUUCUGAAUAUUUCAGAUCAUAUUCAGACAUUGGUAUACAUGAAGACAUGAUAGCAGAUAGUGUUAGGACCAAUGCAUACAGACUUGCAAUUCUCCGUAACUUUGAGAAGAUCCGAGGUAAAGUGGUGUUAGAUGUCGGGGCUGGUACUGGUAUACUCAGUGCUUUCUGUGUGCAGGCAGGGGCUAAAACAGUAUAUGCGGUUGAGGCUAGUGAUAUGGCAGAACAGAUCAAACGUGUUGCUAAGGGAAACAACAUGGCGGAAAAGAUUAUUGUGCUCCAGUCCAAAAUGGAGGAUGCAGAGCUUCCAGAGAAAGUAGAUGUGAUUGUGAGUGAGUGGAUGGGAUAUUUCCUCCUUUAUGAAACCAUGCUGCCCUCAGUUAUAUAUGCCAGAGAUAACUGGUUAAAACAGAAUGGUCUGAUUCUCCCAGAUUCUGCCACCCUCUAUAUGGCCCCGAUAAACCACACUGAUUUCUAUGAAGAGAGAUUAACAUUCUGGGAAAAAGUCGAGGAAACAUUUAAAGUGAACAUGUCAUCCCUAGUUCCUUAUGCCAGAAAGUGCCUUACAGAACAUAUCCAUGUGAAGACAAUACCUAUAGAAAAUGUUCUGGCACAGUACUCCAAGAUUGCCCAUAUAGAUCUCAAUACAGUCACUACCUCACAGCUCUCACAUAUGAAGGAGUCAUUCACAUUCCAAUGUUAUGGGUGCAAUACUCUGCAUGGGUUUGCAAGCUGGUUUAAGGUGGAAUUUAGUGCUGAUGUAGAACUCUCAACUUCCCCGUACUGCGAGGACACCCACUGGCAGCAAAGUGUGCUCUAUGUGGACAAUCCUUUACAUGUGGAGCAAGAUACGCAAAUAACUGGUUCAGUUGUGCUCACUCCCAAUGCAGAGUUCCCCAGAUUCCUGGAUAUAGACCUCAAAUAUAAGAUGGACAACAAUGAUGAUGUACAUAAACACUAUCUCAUGAAUGAUGUCAUAUUAUGA